GCGGCGGCGGCGGAAGGCAGCGCCGCGGUGGCGGCGGCUCCUUAUUUGAGGCCGGGUCGGGGAGCAGGUAAAUAUGGCUGCAGAGGAGACAUGGAAUGGUCAGGCUUGGAAACAGCAAAACACGGCCAGCCAGGCAGGUGACAAGGACUCGGGUGUGCUUCUGGGCCAGCAGCUGGGGGAACCGGGAAGAUUUGCUUAUGCAGCGCUCUGUGGCAUAUCCCUGGCCUGGCUGUUUCCUGAAAAAGAGCAAAGCUCCUUCAGGAUGGAAUUCAUUGAGGGCCUGGUGAAAUGGCUGGACCUGCCUGAUGCUGUCUUGCCUGCCAUGACAGCCUUUGCCAGUGGCUUAGGAGGCGAGGGCACAGAAACUUUUGCCCAGAUUUUGCUGAAGGAUCCCAUACUGGAGAAUAAUCCUGUUGUCAUUACCCAAGAUCUUGUGUCCUUCUGUCUUAAAGAUGGAUACUAUGAUGCUCGAGCGAGGGUGUUGAUCUGCCACAUCACCUGGUUGCUGAGAAUCCCCUUGGAGGAGCUGGAAGCCCUGGAGGAAUCUUUACUUGAGAGCCUGAAGGAGCAAAAAGAGGAAGAGUCAGAAACUGCAGAAGUAUCACGAAAAAAGAAGGAAAGAGGAAAGAAGCUGAAGAGAUACCUGCUGAUCGGCUUGGCAACCGUUGGGGGCGGAACAGUGAUCGGCUUGACAGGGGGUCUUGCUGCCCCCCUGGUUGCUGCUGGAGCUGCUACUAUCAUUGGAAGCGCUGGGGCAGCUGCUCUAGGUUCAACUGCUGGAAUUGCUGUCAUGGCAUCCCUUUUUGGAGUGGCUGGAGCUGGCCUAACUGGAUACAAGAUGAAGAAACGUGUGGGAGCCAUAGAGGAGUUUGAGUUUCUCCCACUUACUGAAGGAAAGCAGCUUCAUAUCACCAUAGCAAUCACUGGAUGGCUGUGCACUGGCAGAUAUGGGAGCUUCACAGCACCAUGGAGCAGCAUGUUGCAGUCAAGUGAGCAGUAUUGUCUGGCCUGGGAAUCCAAGUACUUGAUGGAGCUGGGCAAUGCCUUAGAUACCCUGCUGAAUGGUUUUGUUAACAUGAUGGCUCAAGAAGCCCUGAAAUUUACUGUCUUGUCAGGUAUUGUGACAGCCUUGACUUGGCCAGCUUCGCUCCUGACUGUUGCCAGUGUCAUUGACAACCCCUGGGGAGUCUGUCUCCAUCGGUCAGCUGAAGUUGGCAAACAUCUGGCACAUAUAUUGCUCAGCCGGCAGCAGGGCAAGCGACCCGUCACGCUGAUUGGCUUCAGCCUGGGUGCCAGAGUCAUUUACUCCUGCCUGCAGGAGAUGGCUAAAGAAAAAGACUCGCAAGGGAUCAUUGAAGAUGCGGUCUUACUGGGAGCUCCAGUGGAAGGAGAAGCCAAGUAUUGGAAAGCCAUCACAAACGUGGUGUCGGGCAGGAUCAUAAACGGCUAUUGCAGGGGAGACUGGCUACUGGGGUUUGUGUACAGAACCUCUUCGGUCCAGCUCAACGUUGCAGGACUCCAGCCAGUCAACUUGGAUGACAGGAGGAUGGUAAAUGUGGACCUCUCCUCUGUAGUGAACGGCCACCUCGACUACAUGAAGCAGAUGGACACGAUCCUGAAAGCCGUGGGCGUUAAAACCAAGGAGUGCUGGCUCGACGAGAAGGGCAGCGCCAGCCUUUGCUCCCAUCCAGCCAGGAAAGCGCAGCAGGCAGCACACAGCGAGGCUCGGGCAGAGCAACGCGCCGUGCGAGGUGAGGACGCGGCUGAUGGUGCCCACUGGUCCUGGGAGCCCGUGGACUCGUUAGACGCCGGCAGAGACGGCGGCCGGCCGCGGCCGGCAGAGCCUUUCCCGGGAGAGCCUUUCCCAGCCGGCAUUUCCCAGGGCCUGGAUUCCUCCGGCCGUCCUUUGGGAGAAACCUCGCUGCCCUGCCCCGGCUCUCCGGACAGCGAGGCCAGCGGGAAACGCGCAGCAGGCGCGGACUGAGCCUGCGGAGCUGGCGCCGGCAGCUCUCCGCGGCCGACCGGGUCGGCAGCUCUUCCCUCGCCCCGCGCCCGUCAGCCGCAGGACGCGGGCGAUCUUCGCGGCUCGGCCGCCGGCUGCGUUUUGCCUCGCGCAGCUGCGCCCCGGCGUCCCACGGCCCCAUCCCCUCGGCAGCGCUGUCCGACGCGCCGCCGUUCCCACGGGAAUACCGGCAGCGCCGACAGAGGGGCCGCGGCCCCGGAGCGUCCCGGGAUCAAAGCUUUCCCAGCAGCCGCUCCGCAGGCGAGAACGGGCCGAUCCUCGCCUGCACCGGCAUCGCUCCUCGGGAAGCGGCCGCGUUCCUCGCUGGGACAUUAAAAGUGUCUUUCCACCAGAGACUGAUGAGGGGUUUGGUUUUCCCGAGCCCAGGAGCGCCGCAGGCUCCGACAGUCACGUCGCGGCGUCGCCCCUUCGGCUCCGUGGAGGCAAAGGGCGGCGAGUCCGCGGCUCCUUUCCCCGGGCUGCUGCCGGGGCUCGGGCACUUUCCAGGCAGCACGCCCGCUUCCCUGUCUGCGAGCUGCGGGCAACGAGUGGCAGAGGCCUCGUUACUGCUAGAAACGUGCUUUGAGUUUCUAGGUGAAAGACAGAGGAGGAAACGGACUGGGCUUUUUAUGAUUUAUUACUUCGUGAAACUUCCUCCCGGGCUUUGCAAGCCAGCAACCCACAGAGACUUUCGUUCCGCGUCCCCUACAUGUCUCCAGCCUUAAAAGCCGCCCCUGGCUGCGUUUUUUUUUUUUUUUUUAAUUGGCUUAAAAUUAAACUAAUGCUUGGCAGAGGAUAAACAUAAAUCUGUUUGAUUUCUGCCUCCUUCCGUGACAGUGAGUUGGCACCCGCUCGAACCGGAGGGACCUUGCUUAACGUUCCCUGCCAGGCUCAGUCUUCCAAAGCCGUUUGGGACUGAUCCACCUCUUCCAUAAAAGGCUCUUUUGCUGCUCAACCCAAGAAAACGCAACUUAGCAGGAACGUGGCAAGAGGAUAAGCCCCCUGCUGAGAACACCUCCAAGUUUUACUGGCUUAAAACAAGCGCUAGUUGGUAAAAAUACCUUCCCACAUCCAGAUCUAGAAAGUCUCAUUAACUCAGGAGGGGGCAAGUACGGUGAUCGCACCUUCUGGUUGCGUCCGCGUGCCCGGCCCUGCCCCGGAGGGGGGCUCGGCCCCAAUCUGUUUGUCCACCCUGUUUACCCGGAGUUGUAGCCAAAGUCUGUUUUUAUAUUUGUGGAAAGAUGUGCGUGUUUAUUUUCACGCUUGAUGCUAAAACCAAGCUAAAUACAUGUUGGCCACAGACACGUGGAGAAGAUGGAUGAAACCUAUUCGCUAUUGGAGCUUGUGAUGAGUCCGCCGUUUACCGUGGUGGCGUAUCGCUGACCGCUGGGCCGGCCGUCUGCUGCGAGGGGGGUUGUAGCGAAUAAAGG